UCUAAUUUUCACGUAAACAAAUACAAAAAAUAAACAAAUCCACGGAAACAGAAAUAUCUAGGACUCGGUUGUCAACUCGAUCCUCGGAAGGGUAAUUAGCAGCUGAGCUGAGUGAGUAAAAAAUCAAUCCAUCCAUCCAUCAAACCAUGAGUGCAAACCUUGGAUGCGUGAUCGUAGCCGUUGAUGGAAGCGAGGAGAGCAUGAACGCCUUGAGAUAUGCCCUCGAUAACCUCAAGCUCCGAUCUCCUGCUCCCGACUCCACUGAAACCCCUGGCUCCUUCGUCAUCCUCCAUGUCCAACCACCACCGUCUAUCGCUGCUGGCCUUAAUCCCGGUGCCAUCCCUUUUGGCGGACCCAGUGGUUUGGAGGUGCCUGCGUUCACGGCGGCGAUUGAAGCGCAUCAGAGGAGGAUUACGGAGGCGAUUCUAGAACAUGCCUUGGAGAUUUGCCGUGAAAAGAAAGUGAAUGUGAAAACACAAGUGGUGAUUGGGGAUCCAAAGGAGAAGAUAUGUGAAGUUGCUGAGAAUCUGCCCGCCGAUUUGCUUGUGAUGGGAUGUCGUUCUUUUGGCCCUAUUAAAAGUGUUUUGUUUGUGAGCAGGAUGUUUCUGGGAAGUGUAAGCAAUUACUGCACCAACCAGGCACAAUGCCCUGUCAUAAUAGUCAAGGGAAAGGACCCCUCAUCGUGAACGAAACUAGAUUAUUGUGGAUGUGAUUGGAAAGAGUUUCAACUAGUGGUGUUGUCCUUCACUCUGUUCCAUAUAUUUUGCGAGUGAUUUUGGAGGAAAAUCUUGGUGGUGGAGCACGGAGCCAUUCGUGUUUGCACUGUUGCUGGGUGCAUAUUAGUGUUCUGUUGUGUAAUCAUUUUGAUAAAAUGCCGCCUUUUGUAUUCUUUGACAGGCAUUGUUGUAUUCAUUAUAGUCUAGGAAAUUGAUUAAUUUCCUCAACCGCGUGUGGAUGCUUGAGUGCCAACUUCUCUGUGUUUCUACUUUCCAGUGGUGCUUUGAUUUUAAGUUUCAUACGCUGUUAUACGUGAACUGCGGCUUUUACGUUGCAUAAUAAGAUUUCCAAACCCCUCCCUCAUUUCUAUCAAAUAA